GAAAUCUUGGGGAGGACCCUAGUCCGCGGGCGCCGGCCUGCCGGACGUUGUCUCUAGGCGGAUGGGGGAUUUUCUUCCUUUGGUUGGUGCUGGUUGUUUUCAGUUUAGAAAGACUUCGGCGUGCUCCUCACGCGCUCUUCUUCUCAGGCUUCCAGGAUGUCUGCGAUUCCUGCUGAGGAGAGCGACCAGCUGCUGAUCCGACCCCUUGGCGCUGGGCAGGAAGUAGGACGGUCAUGCAUUAUCCUAGAGUUCAAAGGAAGAAAAAUCAUGCUGGACUGUGGGAUCCACCCUGGCCUGGAAGGAAUGGAUGCUCUUCCUUACAUCGAUUUGAUCGACCCAGCUGAGAUUGAUCUCCUGCUAAUUAGUCAUUUCCACUUGGAUCACUGUGGUGCUUUGCCCUGGUUCCUGCAGAAGACGAGCUUCAAAGGAAGAACAUUUAUGACGCACGCCACCAAAGCCAUUUACAGAUGGCUUCUCUCGGAUUAUGUCAAAGUCAGCAACAUCUCGGCGGACGACAUGCUGUACACCGAGACUGACUUGGAGGAGAGCAUGGACAAAAUUGAAACAAUCAACUUUCACGAAGUGAAGGAGGUGGCGGGGAUCAAGUUCUGGUGUUACCACGCAGGCCACGUGCUGGGGGCCGCCAUGUUCAUGAUUGAGAUCGCGGGCGUGAAGCUUUUGUACACAGGUGAUUUCUCGAGACAGGAGGACCGGCACCUGAUGGCCGCUGAGAUCCCCAACAUCAAGCCUGACAUUCUGAUCAUUGAAUCAACCUACGGGACUCACAUCCACGAGAAGCGCGAGGAGCGAGAGGCGAGGUUCUGCAACACCGUGCACGACAUCGUCAACAGGGGGGGCCGGGGCCUCAUCCCUGUGUUCGCGCUCGGAAGGGCUCAGGAGCUGCUCUUGAUUCUAGAUGAGUACUGGCAGAACCACCCAGAGCUGCAUGACAUCCCCAUCUACUAUGCGUCGUCCUUGGCCAAGAAGUGCAUGGCAGUGUACCAGACCUACGUCAAUGCUAUGAAUGACAAGAUCCGGAAGCAGAUCAACAUCAACAACCCCUUUGUGUUCAAGCACAUCAGCAACCUCAAGAGCAUGGACCACUUCGAUGACAUCGGUCCCAGCGUGGUAAUGGCCUCGCCAGGCAUGAUGCAGAGCGGCCUUUCCCGCGAGCUGUUUGAGAGCUGGUGCACUGACAAGAGGAACGGCGUCAUCAUCGCAGGCUACUGUGUGGAGGGGACGCUGGCCAAGCAUAUCAUGUCUGAGCCUGAGGAAAUCGCCACGAUGUCUGGACAGAAGUUGCCACUGAAAAUGUCUGUUGACUACAUUUCUUUCUCUGCUCACACAGAUUACCAGCAAACCAGCGAAUUUAUCCGAGCUCUGAAACCGCCCCACGUGAUUUUAGUCCAUGGGGAGCAGAAUGAGAUGGCCAGGCUGAAAGCGGCGCUGAUCCGAGAAUAUGAAGACAACGAUGAGGUCCACAUAGAGGUGCACAACCCUCGGAACACAGAGGCCGUGACCUUAAACUUCAGAGGAGAGAAACUAGCCAAGGUCAUGGGUUUCUUAGCAGACAAAAAGCCAGAACAAGGCCAGCGAGUCUCAGGAAUUCUUGUUAAAAGAAACUUUAACUAUCACAUACUUUCUCCUUGUGACCUGUCCAAUUAUACCGACCUGGCCAUGAGCACCGUGAAGCAGACGCAAGCCAUCCCCUACACCGGGCCCUUCAGCCUGCUGUCCUACCAGCUGCAGAAACUGACUGGUGAUGUAGAAGAAUUAGAAAUUCAAGAAAAACCUGCUUUGAAAGUAUUCAAAAAUAUUACUAUAAUACAGGAACCCGGCAUGGUAAUACUAGAGUGGCUGGCCAACCCGUCCAACGACAUGUACGCGGACACCGUGACCACCGUGAUCCUCGAGGUGCAGUCCAACCCGAAAAUACGCAAAAGCGCAGCUCCGAAGGUGCCCAGGAAGCUGGAGACGCACGUGUACAGCAAGCGCCUGGAGACCAUGCUGCAGGACAUAUUCGGAGAAGACUGCGUGAGCGUGAAGGACGGCUCUGUCCUCAGCGUCACCGUGGACGGGAAGACGGCCAACGUUAACUUGGAGACGCGGAGUGUGGAGUGCGAGGAGGGCAGCGAGGACGACGAGUCGCUGCGGGAGAUGGUGGAGCUGGCGGCGCAGCGGCUGUAUGACGCGCUCACGCCCGUGCACUGAGGCCGGCCUCGCUCCAGAGCCACAGCUGAGGAACCUGCCGCCCACUGCCGCGGCGUUCACUGGUGCUGCCACCACGGAAACCCAGAAACGCUUCGCCAUCCGCUCAUGCCGGGCCCCGAAGCCACACCUGUAGUCCCGGCACUCGGGGAGGCUGAGGCAGGAGGACUGCAAGUUCCAGCCCAGCCCCCCCCAACUUAGCGAGACCCUGUCUCAAAAUAAACAGAAAGGGCUGGGGAUGGAGCUCAGUGCAAAGCCCUGGGUUCAAUCCUCAGCACCUAAAAGAGGAUUUGCUCGUCACAGCAAA